CUCCUAUCUCGAUCGGUCAGUGGUGGGAUUUCCUAUUGCGUUUCAAGCGGGUGGAAAGUCCAGGGGAAAAUGUUUAUACCCGACUGUGGAAUGGCUUCAAAACAAACGAUUCUCAGGCAAAGAUUAUCCAGAUUCGAUGACGUUGUGUACUGGACACUGGAAUGAAGCUAUGUGGAGGGCUGGUGCCGCAUCUGACUGGCGCCAUUGUCCUGCUGUUGCUCAACUUCGGCAAGGUUGUUCAGGCUCACUGCUCAAACAAAACAUUUUACUACAAGCUGCCCAACAGCCACAAUGAUUGCGGGUUGUGCCGUAUCUGCCCCAGGGAAGUGGUGGACAGUCACCAGCUGUAUGAAAAACAUCUACAAGAAGAGUGUCAGCACCUCCCUGCCCUCCCUGAUGGUAGACUGCCACACUGUCACAGCACAUCCUUUGACAAACCAUCCUGUGAGAAGUGGGCCCCUCAUAACGGACGAGCUGUGUGCAGCAAUGGAAACACCGUCUACAGCACCUGCUUUCUCCAGUGUAAUGUGGGCUACAGACCAUCAAAUUCCACCAACAUCACCUGCACCGACCGACCACAGCCUAAGUGGGACCGUCACUUCACACACUGUACAGGUGGAGGCACAGGACUGGACACAGUAGCCGUUGUUUUCAUAGUGAUCGUCAUUGUGGCUGCAGCCGUCCUUGGUGUGGUUGUUAUUUUCAUCUGUGUCAAAAAGAAAUCGUCUACUGAUGCAGACAUCGACAUAGAGGAACAAGUAGCUCCACCAGCAGUGAGGAAUGUCAGAAUCACGCUGGCUAAUGCAACUCAGAGAUGUUACAAGCUACACAAGUGGUCUGCUAAGAGAGGCAGCACAGUGACAGUCAUGGCAUACAGUAAAGGAUGUGGGAUCCAAUAUCUUGUCCUGCUCAAGCGGGAGUCGAAAACCGGAGAUCCGGCAGUGUAUUCCAGCAAGCCUAAUGGCCCCAGCCAAGUGGACCUAGUGAGUCUUGACUACUCUCACCAGGGGUCCUACAACUGGAUCGUCCAACUGACCGAUGGGACAACAGAAAGAGGACACUUCAAGCUGGUUGUCAAGAAACACAUGUUCCCUGUGCGCUCGAUCUAUGCAGGUUUAUGUCCAUCAGGAAACAUUCCAGUUGCAGUUCAGUGCUCUGCCGGACAGCCAUCUACAUCCCCUAAGUGUGAGGCUGAUAACAUCCUGUCUCACACUCAGCCAGCAGUCGAGGAAAACAGUCUACAAGCUGUUCCAGACACCUCCCUUGUCUUGGUUACCACGGCAACAGAGGAUCUGGAGCAAAUGCCGGAACCGCAGCCUGUCAGAGACAAGAUGGAAGGUUACUCUCGACUGAUGCAGACCCGACAAGAUGUCCGCACCCUGUGUCGUCUCCUGGACAGAGAGGAGCAGGAUGGACAUGUGUCCUGGCACGUCAUCGUCACGUCGCCGCUGCUGGGAUACGACAGGGACUUUCUCUCCUUCCUAGAGUACCACCGGAAAGGCAGGAUGUAUGACGGGCCGAUGUGUCAUGUCCUGAAUCUUAUGAAACAGAACGGCACCACGGUGGAGGAGCUGAUCGAACUUCUGCAGCAGUAUCAGCCUUCAUCCAACAAAGCGAUUGCAGUCUUGGAGAAGUACUUGUGAAGAGUCCUGUAGUUCACUAUGUGCCUGUCACUGGAACACACUAGAUCUUGUCGUCAUCAGUGAACUUAUCGUAUAGAUAAUAGUGUCGCGUGUUCAGGGUGUUCCUCCAUCUCUCUGUAGAACUACCAAAUUGUCACAGACUUGUGGCCAUCUUCGAGUUCUUGCCCACCCCCAAGUUUGGCUGUUUGAGAAAAAUUACUCUCUUACAGCUAAAGCAUCCCCGCAAUUUACGUAACAUCACUGUGACCAGUGACAUCGUUAUUAAGUAUUAAAUUUAUGUGAAAUAACAAAAGAUCAUCAUGUCAUUAAAUCUUACUAAGUAUUCUUGGACAUGGUGUCAGAGACAUGUUUGUAAUGUAAUGAUUGUUACUGAUGCUUGCUGGUUUACAUGGCAGAUAUGAUGGGUCCAGAAUAUAUUUAAGACGGAAAGUAUGACAUUGGUGGGUAAUACAUACCCCACACCCAUAUUUGAAUCACAUAAACCCCUAUGCCUGUAACACAUCCCAUGGGGAUUCCAGGUUAGGGUAGGGCCACAGGGAGCUAUCUCCACAACACAUCCCAUGGGGAUUCCAGGUAAGGGUAGGGCCACAGGGAGCUAUCUCCACAACACACCCCAUGGGUAUUCCAGGUUAGGGUAGGGCCACAGGGAGCUAUCUCCACAACACAUCCCAUGGGGAUUCCAGGUUAGGGUAGGGCCACAGGGAGCUAUCUCCACAACACACCCCAUGGGUAUUCCAGGUUAGGGUAGGGCCACAGGGAGCUAUCUCCACAACACAUCCCAUGGGGAUUCCAGGUAAGGGUAGGGCCACAGGGAGCUAUCUCCACAACACACCCACAGCUAUUCCAGGUUAGGGUAGGGCCACAGGGAGCUAUCUCCACAACACAUCCCAUGGGGAUUCCAGGUUAGGGUUGGGCCACAGGGAGCUAUCUCCACAACACACCCCAUGGGGAUUCCAGGUUAGGGUAGGGCCACAGGGAGCUACCUCCACAACACACCCCAUGGGGAUUCCAGGUUAGGGUAGGGCCACAGGGAGCUAUCUCCACAACACACCCCAUGGGGAUUCCAGGUUAGGGUAGGGCCACAGGGAGCUAUCUCCACAACACACCCCAUGGGGAUUCCAGGUUAGGGUAGGGCCACAGGGAGCUAUCUCCACAACACACCCGACGGCUAUUCCAGGUUAGGGUAGGGCCAAAGGGAGCUACCUCUACAACACACCCCAUGGGGAUUCCAGGUUAGGGUAGGGCCACAGGGAGCUACCUCCAAAACACACCCUAUGGGGAUUCCAGGUUAGGGUAGGGCCACAGGGAGCUAUCUCCACAACACAGCCCAUGGGUAUUCCAGGUUAGGGUAGGGCCACAGGGAGCUACCUCCAAAACACACCCUAUGGGGAUUCCAGGUUAGGGUUGGGCCACAGGGAGCUACCUCCACAACACACCCCAUGGGGAUUCCAGGUUAGGGUAGGGCCACAGGGAGCUACCUCCACAACACACCCCAUGGGGAUUCCAGGUUAGGGUAGGGCCACAGGGAGCUACCUCCACAACACACCCCAUGGGGAUUCCAGGUUAGGGUAGGGCCACAGGGAGCUACCUCCAAAACACACCCUAUGGGGAUUCCAGGUUAGGGUAGGGCCACAGGGAGCUAUCUCCACAACACAGCCCAUGGGUAUUCCAGGUUAGGGUAGGGCCACAGGGAGCUACCUCCAAAACACACCCUAUGGGGAUUCCAGGUUAGGGUUGGGCCACAGGGAGCUACCUCCACAACACACCCCAUGGGGAUUCCAGGUUAGGGUAGGGCCACAGGGAGCUACCUCCACAACACACCCCAUGGGGAUUCCAGGUUAGGGUAGGGCCACAGGGAGCUACCUCCACAACACACCCCAUGGGGAUUCCAGGUUAGGGUAGGGCCACAGGGAGCUACCUCCAAAACACACCCUAUGGGGAUUCCAGGUUAGGGUAGGGCCACAGGGAGCUAUCUCCACAACACAGCCCAUGGGUAUUCCAGGUUAGGGUAGGGCCACAGGGAGCUACCUCCAAAACACACCCUAUGGGGAUUCCAGGUUAGGGUUGGGCCACAGGGAGCUACCUCCACAACACACCCCAUGGGUAUUCCAGGUUAGGGUAGGGCCACAGGGAGCUACCUCCACAACACAUCCCAUGGGGAUUCCAGGUUAGGGUAGGGCCACAGGGAGCUAUGCUGGUCUUUAGCAACGACUGAAUUGAUUGGGUGGUCAGACUCGGUGACUUUGUUCAUUGUGUGUCAUUGUACCUGAACAUGGAUCAGUGCUCACAAUAUCGAUCACUGGAUUGCCUGAUCCAGACCCGAUUAUAUACAGGCGGCUGUCAUACAGCUUCAGUACUUGGAGACCAGGACCUGAUCAAACUAGGGCAUUCCUGGAGAAAGGAUUAUGCUGUAUAUAGUUAUCUAUUACCCAUUGUUUGUCAUUAUUGUAACUGUGCUUUUGUCAUGUAUCUGAAUUCAUAAAUAGUUUUAGCGACUGAUGUAUCCUAUUUUGGGUACAUGACAAUAUAACAAACCACUUGUCAAGAAGGACAGGGAGCUCUUGAAGAAAUAUCUUUGCAUAUUAUGGUAUAAAGGAAAAAAACAAUACAAAUUUCUUUCAUUUUUAAACUCCAAUACAUUGCUAACAAAACAUUUAAAAUUCAGAAAUUUACAAUUGUGUGAACCAAAUUUGAAUAAUUUGAAUUUUGAUAUCUUUUAUAUCUUAAAGAAGCUUAUGAGGUUUUUAUUAAUUAAACACUUUUUAGCCAUAUAUGUAUUUGGACAAAUGAAAAUAACUUGUGUAAUAUGCUUCUAACUAUAUCCAGUGUCAUUAUAAUCAAGGUAUCAAAUCAGUAUUUUAAGCUAAGCACAGAUGCACAGUUACUUUUUCCAUUUGAACAAGUGACUCUACAGUCUUUU